AUGUACCAGUUCUAUCCUACACAUUAGGGACAAUUUACAGAAGUCAAUUAACCUACAAACUUUUACGUCUUUGAAAUGUGGGAGGAAACCGGAGCACCCAGAGAAAACCCACGCAGUCACAGGGAGAACGUGCAAACUCUGUACAAACAGCACCCGCAGUCAGGAUCGAACCCGGGUCUCUGGCGUUGGGAGGCAGCAACUCCACCGCUGCGCAAUAGUGUCGCCCCUACAUCUGCGCCAGUGUGCCGCCUCAAAAUCUGGCCCAUCUCUUGUUGGGCUUGUAAGGUGAUAAUUGAAUGGUUCACUAGAGUGCAUGCUAAGAACUCAGCACCAUUUGCAAUUUCUGCACCGUCAAAUAGCUUUGUCGCCAUAAUCGCCCUGCCUAGCUGCGUCCGCACAUUGGGUAACUGCCGCUUUUGCAACCAUCCCAUUUAUCGGAAUGCAUCGUUAGAUGAUUUGAAAAGAAAUACUUCCUGAAAUUGACGAUAAAAAUCUAAAAUUCGCAACAUCACCCGCAACUUCCCCUUCGCUUCAUUUCCUUCUGCCUAUUUCCCCAAAGGAACCAACAUUAUUGGACUUAUUCGCGCUCAAGCUAACCCUGUUUGUGGCAGAAACAAACGGAAUUUGUGUGCAACAAGGAUGAAGACUUUGGCGAUUAUUGUGUUCCUCCUCCACGUGGAGUGGAGCCUGGGGACAAAAUGCGAUGGGACGUUGAUCAGCAGGGAAGGAAUCGCCAACAACUGUGCGCUCCAUUGCCUAGACUGGGCUAAGUUGCGGUGGGAAGGCCAGACCUCCUUGUCACUGGAAGGCCAGACCUCCUUGUCACUGGAAGGCUGUGGGAUAUCGCGCAUGAUUAACAUCAACAUCAGCAACGAGCUGAAGGAACUGAAUCUCAAGCACAACAAACUAACGGACCUUCCACCAAAAUUCCUCAAAAACUUUCCAAAAUUAAAGAAACUGAAUUUAAUUGGGAACCCCUUAGCGACCAUCCCGCUCAACCUGAUCAAGACAAUAAAUGUGGACUUUACCUGCUCUUGCCAGAUCUUGAAAGAUGUGAAUCGCAACUUUGUUGAGGCAGGGAACUUCUCCCAGGAUUUCCUGAACAAUAUAACAUGCACCGGGUCAAAUUAUACUAAGUUGCCGGCUAUGGCCAAUUUCUAUAACGUCGAGUGUCCGAACUUAUUGCUGGUCUACAUCCUUGUUCCAGUCUUGUGUGUUGUCGCCAUCGCGGUUGUUGUCGCUGUCCUUGUGCUGGUGAAAUAUCGCUCGAAACUCGGCUCGUACUUCUCACCCACUCCGAGCAAGCGGCAGUCAGUCAAUUCAGCCGACCAAGGGCAUCAGAGGUACGCCAGCACCGGGGACUGGAAGGAUCAAGCGGCAGUGUCACCGGGGCCUCACGCCAACUAUGAGAACGUCUUUAUGGGUGAACCACACAACGCAAGGAAGCAGCCGGCCACUGAUGACACUUACUAUCUGGAGAAUGAUGCAACCUGUGAAAUUUACCAAAACGAGCAGCCAGUCUACUGUAACUACAGUGGGCCAGCGCCUACAGCAGAGGACGACAUAUAUAUAAUUGCCGACCAAUAAAUGCAUCGUCGGGGUCCCCCUUCAGAUGUUGCAAGAUUUCCACGUCUACAUUCUAUUCCAUUUCCCUUUCACAACGGUCUUGAAAACGCCUCACUUUCAAGAACCAGCUCAGACGUCAAGCCCAGUGCCGGAUUUACGUAUAAGCUAAACAAGCUAUAGCUUAGGGCCCCCACUUUCUAGGGGGCCCCCCGAAAAAAUUGAUGGGCCUCGAGGUCUAGGGGGGCCUCCGGCCAAGGCAGAACAUCUACCGUUCAACUCUGGGCGGCCCCCCUCUCUAUCUCUCUCUCUCUCUCCAUCUCCCCCCGCUAUCCGUGUCCGGGCCGCCGGGCUCCGCUCGCUCCUCAUCCGCCGGCACGGCAGGCCGCCUUGCACAUGCGCACAACCACGGCCAGCACAUCAUCGGCCGCCCUGCGCAUGCGCACUGCAACGGCAACUGGUCGGCGCUGGGCACUUUCUCCCUCGCUUUGAAUUGUGGGAGAUUUGGCCGCCAUGGCUGUCCGGUCGUUGGGGGCCUCACAAGUGGAACAGCUUAGGGCCUCUCUUCAUCCAAAUCCGGCACUGGUCAAGCACCAUCCAACCUGAACAUGUGGAACCCGAUUAUGAAUAUCCAGGACCCGACCCUAACAACAAAAGCAUCCGUAUCCGCAGCGGGGUUCAGUUAGAAUGUGUGGAAUUCAACCUCAACACAUGGAACUCUUUCAAAAUAUCUGGACUUCAGCAAAACAAAAACAAAAAAUCAGGAAGCCCACAAAAUAACAGAAGUUCAUCUGAGAAAAAACACGCAAGGAACUGCAGAAGUGUUUAAAGAAAGAACUGCAGAUGCUGGAAAAAUUGAAGGUAAAAUACUGGAGAAGCUCAGCGGGUGAGACAGCAUCUAAGAAGGAAUAGGUGACGUUUCGGGUCGAGACCCUUCUUCAGA